AUGCUGCCUAGACGUAACGUAAGGCACGAGGAACCCUCUUCCCAGGCUUUGGAAGAAGAAAGUGUGACGCAACCAAGGCCGCCGCCACCACCACUUCCACGGGUAGAUAGGGAAGUCGUGAAGCUGUUCUUAGACCAAAAGCCUCCCCUCUUCGACGGAAUGGGCGAACCGGCAAAGGCUGAAACCUGGGUACGCGCUUUGGAGCGCAUCUUCAAAACCUUGGUGUGCAAUGAUGAGGAGAAGAUGAUCUGCGUGACGCAUCAACUGACCGGGUCUGCCGACUUUUGGUGGGAUACCAAGCCGAAGACCAUGCCCCAGGACCGAGUGGAUGGAAUGACGUGGGAGGUCUUCAAGGCCGAGGUGUAUGACAAGUACAUACCUAAGAGCUACCGCAAGGCAAAGGCAGCCGAAUUUUACAACCUCACUCAAGGGCGCCUGUCAGUGACCGAAUACGACCGCGCGCUUUGUGACAUGACCAGCUAUGCGCCGGAACAGACAGAUACUGACGAGAAGCUAGCUGAUAAGUUUCGUGAGGGCCUGAGACCUGAGAUUAGGAUGGCGUUGGCUGUCCGUGGGAAGCUUACGUACGCAGAGGCGCUGGCCCUCGCACUGGACGUUGAGGCGGCGAUGCCUAAGGAGAGGAGCGCGGGAAACACAACGCUGACGCUACCCCCGCCACGCCCUAACCAUGAUAAGAGGAGAUGGGAUGAAAGUAGGACCCACUACGAAAACAAGCGAUACCGCCCCGCCCCAAACCGACCGCCGUAUGGAGGCGGGCAAACCUCGUUCAACCAGAAGAGCGACCCCCGGGCCAGACCACCCCAAUGCAAUGUUUGCGCCAAGUACCAUUUUGGGGAGUGUAGAGUGCCGAACCCGAUUAGGUGUUUCAACUGUGGAGGAAAUGGUCACUUCUCUAGGGAGUGUCCGAGUAGGAACGUGGGAACCGGGUCGAGGCAGAAUAAUCAAGGUUUCCGUCAGCAGCCAAGGGCGCCACCAACGGGAUCGGGAGUGAACCGGGAUCAACCUCAACGGCAGCAACAGCCUUUCCGCCCAAGCUAG